GCCAGGCCUUUUUUUGGACAUAUUAUAGCAAAAGAAAUUUUUAAAAAGAAGUACAAGAUGAAAAAAAAUUUCAAGAUAAUCUCUAUUAAAACACAAGUAUAUUCCCUGUGAAUGUUUAAAAGUGGACUGCCUAGAUUGACAAUUUUUACAAGGUCACGUCCGUGUAUGCAUAUGUACAUGUAUACUCUUUAAAGUUGAUUUUGGUAAAGGCUUUUCACAGUUUUGAUAUUAGUGGUUAUUUGAUUUACCCAUAUUAUUUAGAGGAAUAUUUAAAUACAUAUUUCAAAAUUAUGACGUUUCUCGUGCAAUAAGUAUGGCAAUACUAUUAAACACUACCAAGAGACAGCUGUCAAAAAUAAAUGUUCCUGAUAUUUCAAAAUAAAACUCGGCCGCGUCUGUAAUAUUUGCAAAGGUUAUUUCACAUUGAAAAGCAGAUGGGUAAAAAAGAUAUUAAGAAGAUGUUAAAGAAAAAUCUCAUCACUGAGAUCAUUAAGGAGAGAAAACAGAACGAUCUAAAGGACGAAACCAUCCAUGAUAAACUCGAGUUCAAAAAGCUUAUGCCUAAUCUGGGACGGGAACUGGAAAUGAAGAAGGCCGAAACGAAGGAGUUGCGACUGAUGCUGUCCGCGCAGGACACGGUUGCGAAUGCUGAGGAGAAGUUCAAGCUGUCUUCAAAACUAAGGAGUAUCGCCAAAAAUAACAAGUGCCACAUCUGCCAGUUGAAGUAUGAGGUUACCGGAGGACAUCGCGCAGUUUCCAUUAAAUGUGGUCACCUUUUCGGUGAGAAUUGCAUCCUUGCUCAUUUGGAUUGCAACAAUCAAUGCCCCAUCUGCAAAUCAGUGACUGAAAUUAUGGAUAUUCGAUUCAUUAUAGCAGGCCAAAAUUUGUGCACUGCUGAAUCAAUGGAAUAAACAUAUUUGCUGGGGAGUUCAAGUUUUAUGUUGGAUAAUAACAAAAAAGGCAAGCAAAAGAGAAAAUUGCAAUUUGCAAUUUGCAAUUUGGAUGAUUAAACCCUCAUAAUCAUGUUCUCAAUUUUCAUUCAAUUUGCCUAAUUCAAUCAGUGUAUGAUUUGAACAUUUCGCAAGCGUAUUGAAAGUGGAGUGAGCCCGAUAAUUCCUUAAUCAAUAAACCCCCUUCUCUAUAUAUGCAUGUUAUUGUUCUUGUGUUGGGAACUAUUAUUAAUUGGGAAAAAACGAC